AUGGCACAGCGAAAUACAAUGUCUACACGCGAUGAAUCCACUUCAACCAACCAACAAACUUCAUCAGCGCGAUAUCAGAGCUCAUUUUCUCAACCAACACCUUCAACUAUAUCAAAUGAAGAAAAAUCAAAUCGUCGUCGUCGUUUAACGUUACCAGUACCAUUAAGCAACAAUUCUUCUUUAAGUGAAGCAGAACGUUAUAUUAGUUUGAAAUCUCAAAUGUUAGCGAGUCCAAAUGAGCAAACUGCCAUUUCGCCAGAAACUCCAUCAAGUAAACACAGUGGUAUCAGUCCCAUGCAAUGUCCACCAAGUCAUAAUGAACGUAUGAAACAAUGGUAUCAAGAGCAAGCAUAUAACAUAGCUAAAAAAGAAAAACAUCGAUACGUAUAUGGACCACCUUUAUCGUCACCAGCUCGGACGCCAACUUCACUGUUUGAAUCAUUGUUUUCUACGUCAUACUCCAAGCCAAUUAUUGCGAAUCGAAAAAAAUGA